CCGGCUGGAGGCGGUAAUGUUCCCGGAGUCCGGCUGGAGGCGGUAAUGUUCCCGGACUCCGGCGGGAGGGGGCGACGUUUCCGGAGGCGGUAAUGUUCCCGGCGCGAGGCGCCUAUGUUCCCGGAGUCCGGCUGGAGGCGGCGAUGUUCCCGGAGUCCGGCUGGAGGCGGUAAUGUUCCCGGCGGGAGGCGGCGAUGUUCCCGGAGUCCGGCUGGAGGCGGUAAUGUUCCCGGAGUCCGGCGGGAGGCGGCGAUGUUCCCGGAGUCCGGCCUUGGUCAGGGCAAAGCUGGAGGUUCGGAGCGUGCAGCACCGAGUCCGAGGAUGGGAGGCUCUCAGAGCAGCGGCACCGAGGGCUACCACGUCUAUGGGAUACAAGAUAACUCCCCAGCACAGAUUGCAGGUUUGGAGCCGUUCUUUGACUUCAUUCUUGCCAUAGGAAAUACCAGGCUGAACAAGGACAAUGACACUUUUAAGGACCUGCUGGUUGUCAACGUGGAGAAACCAGUGAAGCUGGAAGUGUACAACAUGAAAGCUGCAAGGAUUCGGGAGGUGGAAGUCAUCCCCAAUAACAUGUGGGGUGGUCAGGGUCUACUGGGCGCUAGUGUUCGCUUCUGCAGUUUUGAAGGUGCCCAUGAACACAUUUGGCGAGUGCUAGAUGUUGAACCAAAUUCUCCAGCAGCCAUGGCGGGUCUCAAGCCACAAACUGAUUACAUCAUAGGCGCAGAUCAAGUGUUGCAAGAGACUGAAGAUUUUUUCAACCUGAUUGAAGCCUAUGAAGGAAAGCCCCUGAAACUAAUGGUUUACAGCAGUGAGACGGAUGCCAUCCGAGAAGUCGUUGUUACACCCAAUGGAGCCUGGGGGGGAGAAGGAAGCUUGGGUUGUGGCAUUGGAUAUGGCUAUUUGCACAGAAUCCCCUCCCGUCCCAUCGUACCAAAGAAAAAGGUUGAGAUGCCAGCACCACCACCAGCUGUAGCAAGCACCCCACCCCAGAACCUAGAAAAGGGAUACACGGAGGCACCUUUAAUUGCUCCAAGCUCACCAAAAGAUGGAACAAAUGGGAGUCCAGAUUUGGAGCAGAGCUUGACCAAUCUAACAAUGGAAAGUUCACUACUCCCUCCUCCUAUACAACGAGUCAUGGACCCAGGUUUUCCACCAGGAUCCACAGACAUUCCUGAAGCUCAUGACUUAUCCGAUAUAUUGAAAAUGGCAGUGACAUCAUCCUCGUCACCUAUCUUUAACACAAUAACAGAGAGAAAGACUGGAACAAAUGGGGUCCUUGUCAGUGAAGAACUUGAUCUCCCCUCUGACCACACGACUGGAGCUGUGCCUGAAGUUUUAAAUUCUGUUAGCGCUGAGCUUUGUGCUGCUGCUUCAAUGGAGGAUGGCCUGGAUCAGGAAAGCUGCUCAAUCUCUGACUUGACUGUCCCAUCGCUUCCCACAUCUACUGAAACACCACCAGAAGCACACAUGGAUGAUAAUUGUACAGAAUCUGUGCCAGAGGAACUCGUAGAGUGUCCACCUCAAUGUCAGAAUAACAUCUGUGAUUCAUCGGUGAUGGAAGAGGAAGCAAAAGGUUGAAGAAAGAUCCACAGAGACAUGGGGUAGCAGCGAAUGAGACACAUCUUGUGACUAAAUAUCUUAUCUGGGUUUACUUUAACCUAUCUGGCAUCAUUGAUAACUGCAUCAGUUGUAUGUUGAGGCUAUUUUCUUUGCUCCUUAUCUAAAGGCUGGGUGUUCUAUGACUUCUGUCACAUUGUUUCCACUCUACAGUGGAAUAGUUAAUAAGGAGGUGUUCAAGUGUUGAUUUUUAUUUGCAUUCCACUCAGUUGGCUGCUGAACUAAAGUUCUGACGACACAUCUACCUUUUCCUCAAAACAUAAUCUUGGGUAUAAUGAUUCAGAAACAGUUUAAAAAAUAGUACAACCUGACCGUCAUGGGGAGAAGUAUGGUAGGAUCAUUGAAAUUGCUAGUUUUAAGAUAGAUAUGAGAUUCUAAUUAGAUUCUAACAAUAAUAUACUUGCAGCAUCUUUUUUGGUGUGUUUUUCUUGAUCUACAAUAUUAUGUUUCAAUAAACAAUUAGCAUUCGUAGUAGAUAGAAUGGAGCUUGAGGCAAUGGAUACGGUCUUAAAGGUUGAAGGACCUCAGGAGUUUAGCACUCAAAUUGCAUGCUGUUAUCUGAAUCCUUUGAUUGUUUUAUGCCAAUCAAUUUUAUUUCCUAUUUAUACAGUGAAUGUGAGUUCUUUAAUUUCACCACUAUAUUGUUCAGAUUGAAAUAUUCUCAACAGUAAUUGGAGAUGGAUUGUAAAGGUUGGUCUUAUUAAUGAUGCUUUCAUCCCAUAAAUGGUAUAAGAAAAUUGUUACUGCUCAAUGAAUCAGUAGCAGUUGGGGAAAAGAAAAUUGACAUUCAUGGACCGGGGAUUAAUGACACAACUUCCCCUCCCAAAUAUUUCUGAGCGAGCAAAGUUAAAUUAGCUUCCGGGGGAGGGUGGGAGAAUUCUUGUGUUGUCCCUUUCGUUCACACAGUUGCUGUAUCUUAGUUGUUGGCAAAGAAAUCUAUAAAUUAAUAACACUCAUUUAACAAACAUUCAGUUUGCAUCCUGGUUCUGCAUCACUAAAUUUUACAAGAAGAUAUUUUUCUUUUAACUAUGGUGAUUUUCACUGAAGUUACCAAGCUGAGGUUGUAGCUGCCUUAAAGGCUGCAAAGAAAAUGGUCAUAGCUGAUUUUAGACUAACAUUUCCCCUACUGCUGGCCAAGAAAACUGUGUAUUACCUGAUGUUACCUUAUUUACUGGUAAGUCUUCUGACUCUUACUGGGGUACACUUCCUCACGGGCCUGGCCAGUCUUCACGCAGCUGACAGUAAGUAGCCUAACCUUGGCAGGUACCACUGCUAUGUCCCAUUCUGUGUUUACCGGAUGUCCUAUAUCAUGUAAUUUUCAAAAGUACUGCUGGAAUUGUCAACAGCAGUAUAUAUUUCACAUUCUGCCACUGUGCCAUUCGUUUUGCUGUGUUCUGGUUCAUUUAAGCCAAAGACUGAAGAAGCUGGGUUUUGAUUUGCAAGCAAGAUUGUCAAUUAUUUAACCAGCAUGCACAUGGAUUAUGUACAUGGAUGUCAUUAAUUUUUUUGCAGUUAAUUUUAUACAACAACACUAUAAGUAUGCCUUGAGUAGUAGUUUCACUAUAUGAAACAUUUAUUGUUUCCCAGGAGCAUAGAAUUGCACAAAGAUCAGCUUGUACUGUAAUUUAGUAUGCUGUCUGUCUCUUAUGCCAGUUAAUGAAGGGUUUUGGAGAGUUUUAUUGCUUAUCAAAGUGAUGUACAAGAUAAUGUAUGAUUGAAAAUAUAAUAAUGGGGGUGAUCCUACACGUAGACUAGUAUUGCUACUUAUGGUUUUGCAAGUGCCUAAUACUUCAACCAGAUUAUAUAGCUUAUUUUUCUUUCUCA